CACUUUGGUGAAGUCUAGUCUGUGUCCUUCUCUGGUGUUCCGUCUUUGCCUGCUCGUGGUUGUAUAGCAGAAAGGAUAGCCGUGGGCAACCUCAUUAAUACAGUGACCUACAUCGUUUGGAGAGCUUGCAUAAGUACGAAGUAGCCAUGGAUGGCUCAUGUUUGGAUGCCCCAGAGUUGAACGAAGACAUCAGCGGUCCAGGAGUACGCAUUUCCUUCUACUUACAAGCGCUCUUCCUCUCACUCCUGUCUGCACGUUCAGGCUCUCUAGAACAAAUCACGGGUGCCCUCUACACACUUGUAGCCACCAACAUCGCAUUGGUCGUAACCUCCUUCAUCCUAGGUUUCAAAACCAACCCAUCAAUGAGUCUUCAAGACGCCAUCGUCGUUUUCUACCUCCUCUCCCUCUCAUGGGUUUCCGUAUUCACCUCCAUGCCCGCGUACAACCGUUUCGUGCGAAGUGACAAGACACUUCAACUAGUCUCUAUGAUCCAGUCAUACCUCAUCUUCACCUUCAUCUUUGCAGUGCUCGUCAAAGCUCAUAGUUUUGGUAGCACCCCGGGUUGUAAUUCGGAUGCCGUCGCUGUUAUCUUCAAACAGUUUCGUGCUCUUGAUGGAGGUCGAAUCGCAGCAUCCAUCGUUCUCAGUAUUAUAAUCGUCAUCUACACUUUCCUCACCUUCACAGAUUAUCAGCAUUCCAUUGAGAGGCGGUAUCGGAAUUGUAGAGGGUGGGCUUGGAGAGGAAGGAAUUGGGUUCUGAACCGGCGGGAGAGAUUUUCGAGAGAACUUGGUGGAUUAUUGGGAUGCAUGAAACCGAGAAAGGCCAGCUCUCAUGGUCCUUCGAUCCACAACCGCGAGUCUAUGGCACUUAGUGCCACAGGGGUACAACGCAUGUCCACGAACACUUCUACAUCUAGUUACCAGGCAGAUGCGCACCUGGACAAAGACGCGAAAGCGCAAGAUAAAAAGGACAAAAAGGAGAAACGUAAGGCAAGGAAACACAAACUCGGCAGCAAACACAAUUACCUAGACCCAGACUCCCCCACCCGCUCAUCAAACAACAAAUCCAACACCAACGACGAAAACCACAACAACGACACCACCCACACCCAUAGGAACAACAAUAGUAAUCCCAACAACCCCAAACAAUACGACGCAGGCAUCUUCGGCACACUCCUCAUCCAACUCAUAGUCAUAUUCACCUUCUGGGCUCUCUUCGUCCUCAACACCGAACUACUCGUGCGAUCCAACUCCCCAGGUGGAGACGACGACGGUCGAUCACUAUGGCAAUUCGGUCAGAUAUUACCGAUGUUCCUCAUCGUUCUCCCGUUAGUCAACCUUAUUAAGGUCUUCCGCGUACAUAGGCUGUCGCGGAGGUUCCAUCGGAGACGCGUGCAUAGGCGACGGACACGGGCGAAACGGCGUGCUGCAGCGGCAGCGGCGGCAAGAGCCUCUGGUUUUCAUACAGGUUCGGGACUUGGUGCUGGAGUGGAUGAUGAUAGGACAGAGAGUUUCGGAGGAAUCGGACAGACGGGAGGCACUUACGGCCGGAGCAAUAAUUUCUUCGGGUCUGGAGGACGAUUCGACAUACCAUUCUUCUUUUCACAUGCGUUUCGAGGGACCGAAACCACAGCUGGUCUUGGGAAUCAACCAUCUGCACACAUCUCUUUACAGUCGAUUCACUCUACUAUUGCUAACUCGAUAACCGCGGGAAGGGACGAACCUGGUAGUGGUGGUGGCCAGGAGGGUCCGCGUAGACGACUUGAUUCCGGUUCUUCGUCGGGAUCAUCGUCUUCGAGUGCAUCUUCGUCCUCGGACGCGCGAAGACGAGAGUGAUGUCUUGCUGCGACCGAUGUCUUAUACCAUCUUAUACCCAAUCAUAUUUAUAUUAUUCUUGUUCUGUACUCACGCUCGUAUAUGUAUCACACUGUGUUGUAUCUGCUUUCGAAUGGAAAACUU